CGUACCACGUGGUCCAGUCUUUCUCUCUUUCACCGCCGCCAUUUUCGUCGGAAGGGUGGCAUUUCACUGCAAACAUGCAGAUCUUUGUGAAGACUCUGACGGGUAAAACCAUCACUCUCGAGGUCGAACCCAGCGACACUAUCGAGAAUGUUAAGGCCAAGAUCCAGGACAAGGAAGGCAUUCCGCCCGACCAGCAGCGGCUGAUCUUUGCCGGCAAGCAGCUGGAGGACGGUCGCACCCUGUCUGACUACAACAUCCAGAAGGAGUCCACCCUGCACCUGGUGCUGAGGCUGCGGGGCGGGGCCAAGAAACGCAAGAAGAAGACCUACACCACGCCCAAGAAGAUCAAGCACAAGAAGAAGAAGGUCAAGCUGGCCGUGCUCAAAUACUACAAAGUUGAUGCGAACGGCAAGAUCACUCGUCUGCGCCGCGAAUGCCCCAGCGAGGAGUGCGGUGCUGGCGUCUUCAUGGCCUCCCACUUUGACCGGCAGUACUGCGGCAAGUGUUGCCUGACGUACGUCUUCAAGGACAAAUAGAUUUUAUAAAAUGACCUAGUUAUUCAUGCAGCAAUGCACUCACUGACAACCGCCAUCUGUGCGUCGGUGUUAAACCAGUGCCCCACUAGUAAUGAGCACCCAUUCUAAACUAGAUUUGGCAUCCAUUCACCAAGGAUUUACUCGGUAAUCUACUUUACAAAACAAACCUCAACCUAAUUAAACCACUGCAUAAAGUAAAAUGAAAUCAAAUCAGUUUAUCAUGGCAAGACCAGUCUGUAUCUAAGGCCGUGUCCGAAACGGGCUUCUAGAGCUACGGCUAGGUCUGUUGUCUGCACGUCUCCACACAUUUCCAAUGGAGCGAAGACCUAGACCUAGCUCUAGACAAGAUAUUCGGAUGCAGCCUAACACUUACGGUUUGUGAGGAUUGGAAAUAAAACUGACACAAGCUUGUGUCAAGUCCUUCUUGUAAAA